GCCCUACGAUUCUUGAGCUUUACCCCUUGCGGGUAAGUUUGCGGCGACCGUGGCAGCGUACUGCCAGUCCCGACCGCCUUGUCGUGUCGAGUUCGAAGUGAUCCAUGCGAAACUCCUCGCAAUAACCAAUAACACGGAGUCUUACGCGCAUGGGCAUCUCCCACUUUUCCAUCGGCUCUUUCCCUCCGAGCGUCAUUACACUUCUCCACACCUCCCAAGCUGCCUUGCAGGAGUUCGGUCGAAUGAGAUCAGGUGGUGUCUCCUAGGUGAUCCUGGAAAGUAGUCUAUCAUGGCGGACGCUCGCCCGGCCACUUCCGUGCGGACCGCGCGGUCGCACAACAGCUGUGAUCGGUGUCGGAGCAGAAAGACAAAGUGCAUUGAUCCUGUCCCAGGGCCAUGUCGCUAUUGUGCUCGCACGGGCGCCACGUGUACUAUUGCUACACCAAGAAAGAAGCGGCCGUACUACCAUGUCACCGAAGAAGAGUAUCAAUGUUCAAUGCGUAUACUCCAGCAUUUCUUCCCAGACCGCGAGUUGAAUUUAGAAUCGCUUCGAACAAUUGUGAAAGCCAUCUCUGAUGGCUCUUUAGCUGCGUCGCCAGUUCAGAAUGCCGAUAGGCUUUUCGUGCAAAACCAAAAAGCGCCGGAAGACGAAGAAAGUCCCCAAGAUACGGAAGCUCAGGAUGUGGACGACCUACAUGAAUCCCUGGGUUGUAUGAUGAGGGACUCUCGAGGAAAAUUUCGAUAUGUUGGCAAUCACAGCGAUAUACCCUUCAAUGGCGCUGUUGGGACCUUGGGCAAUCGAACCAGAAAUCCUGCCAUCAUCGCUUCACCCAAACUUGGUUUGUACCCGCCUGCUUUGUCGGUCUCAUCGCCGUCCACAGACGCUGGUGGGGAGAUGAGCUACUACCUCCCAGCUCGAGCCUUAUGCGAUCAUUAUGUCUCUAGGUUCCUCGAAGACGUACAUUGCACUUACUGGCUAUAUCCUGUCGAGAGUCUGCUUAGGCGAGUGGAUCAAACAUACUUGGGCACGGCCCCAACGUCAGCGACAAGCUCGUGGAUGUGCUCCCUCUAUGCCAUAUUCGCCAUUGGGGCAAGUCGCCAUACAGAUUCUAACGUCUACUCACCGCAGUCGAAUCUAAAUACAUCGCUAGAUCUAAAGACCUCUGCAGAAUACCUCAAUCUUGCGAAAGAGUUGGUUCCAGCAGUAUACGAUGAAGCAGAUAUUGAUAGUAUACGCGCAUUGGCGAUUCUGAGUGUGCUUCUUGAAAACAUGUGCUCUCGAAUUAGCUCCUAUCUAUACAUAGGAGCCAGCAUUCAGAUGGCGUAUUCCCUUGGUUUACAUCGUGAUCAAACAGAAUCAGGAACAGCCAUGGAACGCGAACGAAAUCGACGAAUAUGGUGGACAUUGUUUAUGCUUGAUCAAGAAAUAGCGUCUAGAAACGGCAGUCCGACCAUCAUUGACGAGCGAAACAUGCGGAUUACCACAUUGACUCCCUCUGAGCAGAUUCUAUAUCCCGGGCUACAUACACCGCUAUCAUGGCUACCUACGCUGCUGUCUAUGUGCCACCUAAAACGAGAGAUCAUACAAGCUCUCUAUACAGAACGUUCAGCAAAGACCAUUUCCUUCUCAACAGUAUCAGAGUUUCUCCUUUCGCUUCGAAAAUGGUACCACCAGAUGCCAGCUCACCUGAACCACAACAACCUUCUGCCUCCAACACACAGACGUGCUGUGGCAGUCCUCCAUCUGCAUUACUGGAGCACUACUAUCCUCCUCACUCGCCCAUUCCUUCUCUAUCUCGUCAUCAAACACAGCACUAUUAUCUCGUCUAAGAAAACAUGGUUUGACCGAAUGGGCAAAACAUGCAUCGAUGCAGCUGAAAAAAGUCUUGCUAUAUUGCAACAGAUGGCAACCGAUGGCACGCUGUCAAGUCUUACGGCUUCUGACAGCACGUGCAUCCUGCGUCUGGUCAUGAUCUUCCUCCUCGCAUACGCACACACGAGGGUGCAUAUGUAUCGCGUGUACAUCGAUAACUGCAUGGCGCUUUGUCGUAACAUGGAGCAGAUUGGAUUCACCAAUAUGGUGACAGAGGAAACCGCCGUACGGCUCGCGGAUAUGGGAAUUAUUACCACAGUUACCAGAGCGCCGAAUGUAAAUGAGAACGAAGAUGGGAAUGAAAAUGCCACUGCGGACGUCCAUUUGGACGAUGAGCUGGUUGCCCAGAUUUGGCACGACUUUGACCCGAACUACAUGAACUCGUUGCAGUUGCAACAGAGUCUGGAUGUAACUUUUGAUGACCUAGGUGCUUUUGAUGUUAGUUCUGACCUCUGGAGUUUGUAAUUUCAUGGGAGCCAAAUUCGCCCCCCCUUCCUUGAUAGAUAUGAGUCGCUCAAGGCGUUUUCGAUUCUUUACCCGUAUACAUGGUCGGCCGAGUAUUCUUCUUAGAUACAUAUAAUAGUAUUGCUCAUGGUCCUACCCGUUGUGUGCUCCUGUUCACCUCACUGGUAGUCAUUG